AUGUUCCACGCCCCUCCACUGAUUGCAACAUUCCCCGUGCAGUGGCGCUCGGCUUGGCCAAAUCUCGAACAUAAAUCAGACAUCUGGACCUUGCGGCGUCUGGGGCCUUCUCAACUCGGCUCUGGCCAUCAGCUCCGUGACCCAGUUUGUCAUCGUCAAACUGACAGAAGUGGGUUAUUCCCGGACAACACCUCGACAAUCGCGGGAGUGGCAGAACCACAACUGAAGCAUCUGGGCAAGAAGCCAUCGCCAUCGCCAUCGCCAUUGCAACGGCGGCGCUGCCCUGGUUUGCCCUAUUUCGACCACACCAGACAUCUUGCCCUCCCUCGCUCGUUGGGUCAGACGCAGCGUGUUGACGCCCAUGGUCGUAUUGCCACCAACACAGGCGCCAAGACCCUAGACGCAUUGGAGAGCGAGGCGGGCACAAUUCAAUCUGCCCGACCCGUCCGUCCACCUUCCGCUUUGACGACGGAGUUUGACAAAGAGACACCCAUCUACAGAGCAAACAUUGUUGAAUUGGAGGCGCACGACUUGCCUCUUCCAUCUACGUCGUUUCUCAGCAUACUUCUUCUGAAUGCUCUUACUCCGGGCGGCUGGAACGUCCCGCAUUUAACUUUGCGCGGCCGACCGAUUGAAACCAACGACCGGUAUGGGUUGGGCAUACUGGGUCUUCGCAACCGACUUAUCCGCGAGCUUCAACUGUUGACUAACCGCCCGACAAACGGUGCUUUCGCUCUAUUCGCAGAGACAGAGUCGUUACCAAUUCCAACUUGA